AUGAUGAAGUCUUCAUCAUUAAAAUUUCUUAUUCUACAUUUAAUUAUUCUUACAUAUGAUACAAUCAUUAUACAUUCAUAUGAAUAUGUAGAAAUUAUGAAUGAAAAUUAUACAAAUAUAUUAUACAAUUUAAAAGAUGAAUUCAUAUUAAAACAGGAUACACAAGAUAUUACCAUAGAUGCUAGUGGAAUCACAGAAAGUUCAUCAUCACUUGAUAGUACAAUAUCUGUGACACUAUCAUCAAUAGAAACAGAUGCUAUAUUUACAGUUACGAUAACAUCUCUAACUAUUGCUGAUAUAAUACAUGAAACUACAUCUCUAGAUACGGGACCAAGUAUAACUAUAGCUGCAAUGACAUAUGAAACUACAUCUUCAUUUACGGCAACCCCUAUGACUGUCGCUACAAUGAUAGAUACAAUUGCAUCUUCAGCUACGACAAUAUGUCUACCUAUAGCUACGAUAGCAGAUACAAUUGCGACUUCAGCUACAACCAUAUGUCUAUCUGUGCCUACGACGAUAGGUACAACUGAAUCUUCAGAAGAGACAACAUCUCUAACUGAACUUAUGGCAACAGAAACAAUUGAACCUGCACAUACAACAACAUCUGAAGCUAUAUCAACGGCAAUAUAUAUAACUGAAUCUACAACUACGACAAUAACUCUAGCUGCGGCAUCAGCAACAAUGGAAUCUCCAACUACAACAACAGCAACUGAUACAUUAGAAUCUACAACUAUUGAAACGACAUCAGGAAUAAUAGAUUCUUCAACUACAACGACAACUACAACUACAGAAACGGCAAGUGAUACAAUUACAUCUACGACUACCACAACUACAGAAACGGCAAGUGAUACAAUUACAACUACGACUACUACCACUACACCCACAAAUAUCACAAAUGCAACAACUACAGAAACGACAACUACUACAUCUACUACUACCACAACUGUAUCUACAAGUACCACAACGUCAUCUUCAACUACCAGAACUAUAUCUACAGCUAGUACAUCUACAACUAUUCCGAUUGUUUGCAAUGAUAUUACAGAAGUUAAAUAUCCCAAUAACACAUGCAUAUUGAAAAGUGAAGCUCAAAGACAUUCAUUUGGCAUGUUAAUAAAUAACAAUGGCACGUCAAGAGAGAAAGCUGACGCUCUCAGUUUGUAUUUUAGUUCAAUUGCUCGUCCACAUACAGAAAUAGAUGGAGAUUAUGUUUUGAACCCUAAUGACAUUAACGCAAUAGUUGAAAAUCUCGCUCAUCCGAACUAUACGAUCAACUCAAACGCCUCAUAUCUGGUGCUACGAUCGUUUAAUGGAAAUGGGAGUAAUACAAACUUCGGUGCUUCAUUUCUUCAUGGUAUUGGUGGUGGAAUUAUCGCAAAUCUAAAUGAUAGUCAAAUUUCUAGUAUGGAUAUGUCCAUUGCUGGUAUCGCUACUAAUAUAGAUUCAGAUAAGAUUAAAUCUCUCAAUAUACUUAUAAUUGAUGACCCUUAUACGUACGAAAACUUUUCAACUUCAUCGACUAAAAGACUUGCUUCAUCUGUUGUCGUGAUGACAGCAGUUCAAAAAAGUGCGUUCAGGUCACUAGUUCCAAUGAAUAUCGAUUUAUACUUCAAUGAUCAUUCGCAUGAAGGUUCAAAAAUAAUAGAAACAUACAAAUGUGGUUAUUAUGAUACAACUGCGUCGGCAUGGAACGAACUUGGAUGUAGUGAACGGGACUUUAACAGCAAUUCUAAAGGAUACAAAUGUAAUUUCAAUGAUACAGGGACCUUUGCUUUCCUUACUUUCAAUUGUGAUAAUAUAACUCAUACAAUAUAUAAAUGCAACUGUGGUUUAAAAUCUAACAUACAAAAUGAUACAUACCACGUGAUACUUAGUAAUAGUACAGAUGCCACUAUUAUAGGCAAUGCUAUUUCAGGAUAUAUAAGCUCAAUUACGAAUUCCACUGUCUCCUCAAAUACAACCAACACUCUCUCAUUAAAAGACAUCGAUGAUGCUAUUGAUAGAUUAAUCAAUAGUACUGUAAAAAAAGAUACAACUGCAUCAUUUAUUAUGGUUCAACCACCUAAACAACAAAAUACCAGUAAUGAUAUAAUCGUUUUAGGUGCUUCAGUUAAUAACGAUACAGGCGGUCAAGUUGUCGAUAAUAAAAAUAAAAAUAAUAUAACUCAAAAUCCACAUCUAGUAACGGCAGCUAUUAUUAAUGAAGAACUAUUAAAUCAUGUCACGUCUCUCAAUAUACUCAUUAUUAAGGAUCCAACACCAUUUCUACAUGCGGAUAAUUCAUCAAAUAAAACACUAGCAUCAUCACUUGUUAUCGUCUCAGUGAGAGGAAUAAAUGACACCAAUGCUGUAAAAAAUAUUACUUUAUAUUUCCAACUUUUCAAUGAAUCCGAGCAAAGAAAUGAUAGAAUAUAUUUAUGUUCAUAUUAUAAUACAACUACUUUCACAUGGGAUGAAGCUGGAUGUAGUGUACCCACAUAUAAUACAGAUUUGAAUCGAUACGAAUGUAGUUGUAACCAUUUUACUUCAUUUGCUCUUAUCUGGUUACCAAAACAAUCACUCACAUCAUAUCUCAAUUCUCAAGAUAUUGCAUCACUUGUAUUUCAGUCAAUCUCAAUCAUCUGUUUCUUACUAAUUAUCAUUCAUGCCAUGUUUAGAACAAUUCGAUUUCCAUUAAAUACUUUUCAAAUAUAUAAUCUACUUCCAUUAAUAUCUAGUGCUACUACAACUAUUCUUUUCAUCUUUUAUAUUGCACUUUCGAUGACAGUUUAUACACAAACAUCAUCUUCUCAUCAGAUAAAUUGUUUUACAAGUUCAACUGUACUGAUGUUCUUCACGUAUUUCUUCUUGAUUUUUAUGUUUUGUGUGAAAACAAGUGUUGGAUAUUUUAAUUAUCUUCGUUUUGUUCAUUUAUUUCCUCAACCAUCACAUCGAAAACUAUUUAUAAUGCUUUUCAUUUCAUUCUUUAUUUCUCUAAUAUGGAUGGCAUUUGCAGUUGGAUUUUAUUCUGAUUCAUCAUUCGAUAUUAUAAAACUAUAUCCAUAUAAAUUAUGUUGGUUUACAAGUGAUGUGAUCUAUUAUUUUUUGAGUAUACCUGCAUGUUUAUUUCUCUUGAUUAAUAUAAUACUAUUUAUUAUUGUUGGUAGUCACAUAAUAAAUCAUGUUCGAAAUGCAACAUCCGUUCAUCAGUCAUACGAAAGAAUGAAACGAUGUGUCAUAGUUUUACUUUCAUCAUGUAUAACUCAAGGAAUUGGUUGGUUGUUUGGUGUAUUUAUUUCGUUUGUAAAUGGUGAAAGUGGAUAUAUAUUGGGAUGGUUUUUUGUAAUAUUUAAUGGACUGGAAGGUCUCUGGUCGAUUAUUUUAUAUAUGAUUAUACGAUCGCAACAUAUGGAUGAACAGAAACGUAUUACUGCUUAUAAAAAGUUUACAGAAUCAACACCAAUUUCAACUGUGAAAAGUAAAGAAACUUAUUUUAAUGACAGCGUAUCAAAACGAUCAAAAAAGACUAAUAGAAAUUCACAAAAAAAAUCGCAUAUUUUCAAUAGAUCAUAUAAUAUUAAAGGAAUUGAUGGAAUUAGUAGUGAAUGCUAA